UCCACGAACGAAUAGUGAUAAUCUCGAUUACAUCAAGAAAAGUCAACAACAGCGACCUCUGGACGUAAGGUUUAGAAACUCGUUGCAACUUCUGCUCGAUUUCCUCGUUAAGCACGUGGCUGUUGGCUGCACAUUUCGUGAUUCUGUUUAAUUUCAAAAAAGCCGUAAUCUGCGACUAAAUAAAGGUACAUUCCAUCAAACAUCAUGAAGAUAUUUAACCAAAACAUUAACAAGGGUCUUCUGUCCAUCAAGAUGCAUUAUUUUCUAUACUUUGGAGCUCAAGCUGGCAUAUUACCAUUUCUUUCUGUGAUAGCUGGACAGCAACAAAUAUCAGCUUCAGCAGUAGGAGUAAUAUUUACUAUUCUUCCUUUCAUUACCCUCAUGGCAAAACCAACGUUUGGUAGUAUUGCUGAUCAUCUACAAAGAUUAAAGAUGAUUAUAGUUAUAUUUAUUGUGGUAUUGACUAUAUCUUAUCAAUGUAUGAAUUUUGUACCAAGAAUAUUUGCAAAAAAUGAAGAAAGGAAUAUGAAUAUAUCACUAUAUUGUAAUACGGCCAGUACUUACUUCUCGUUAAAUGAAAAAUAUAAUUCAUCAUGCUUCCAUUCUAACACACACAACAAUCACACAGUAUGUGGUUUAUCAUGUCAACCUUGUAAAUAUGACACAAAUAACUCUGAAAGUUUUGAAUUUGAAAAUUUUACAACAUUGGACUUUGCUCUAUGCAAACAAGAUCAUUUACAGUAUUCGGUAAACAUUGACAAAUACAGAAAGGACGGAAAUAUUUCUGAUACUUUUGUUAUUAAAGCAGCAGCGUGGAGAAGUACAUCAGUAAAACCGGUAUGCUUUGAUGAACAACAAUUUCAUUGCAGUAUGAAAUGUAAUAUAUCACUUGAAAAUUGCAUCAAUAAUGAAGUUAUUUAUAAAACUCCACAAUUUUGGUUAUUUUUUGUUUUUAUUACUAUUGCGUGGGUUUCGUCGGGUGUAAUAACAUCAUUAUCUGACGCCGCUUGCUAUGAAUUACUAGAAGACAGAAAUGAUCUCUAUGGGAAACAAAGGUUGUGGGGUACUGUAGGUUGGGGUUUGUUUAGUUUGUUUACUAGUUUUUUAAAUGAUUUUGUAACGGGAGAUUCGCCACAGAAAGAUUAUUCUGCCAGUUUCUAUAUGCUUGUUGCACUUAUGAUAUUAGACUUAAUUAUUUUAAUAAAUUCUAAUAUUAAAAAUGCUAAAUUUUCUCAAACCUCUCUAAAAAAUGUGUGUGUGCUGUUUUCUCAGAUUCGUGUAGUUAUCUUUAUCAUAACUGUUUUUAUUAUCGGUGCUCUUACAGGUCUUCAUUGGUCAUACUUUUUUUGGUACAUGACAGAUUUAAAAUCUAAUCAAUUAAUAAUGGGUUUAGCUUUAGGUGUAGAAAGCUUUCUUGGUGAAUUGCCAUUUUUCUUCUUUGCGGGAAUAAUAAUAAAAAAAUUGGGCCACGUAAAUACUAUUAAUCUCACUCUACUCUGUUUUUCAAUACGUUAUCUAUUGUAUUCUGUUAUAAAUAAUCCAUGGUUAGUUUUACCUGUAGAAUUACUACAAGGACCAACGUUUGGUAUAUUUUAUACUGCAAUGACUUCUUAUGCAAAAGUUGUGGCACCAGUAGGAACAGAAGCAACAAUGCAAGGAAUAUUAGGAGGAAUAUUUGAAGGUUUAGGUAUUGCAGUAGGAAGUUUAUUGGGUGGUUUAAAUGUUGAUUAUAAUGGAAGCCAUGACACAUUCCAAAAGGCUGGAUUGAUAGCUAUUGUAUGCUGCUUAUUUCAUUUAGUAAUAAAUAUAAUAUUAUCAUUCAGGAAAGGCUCAUCUAAUACAGAAACAAAUGGAGAAAGAAAAAAAUCUGGGGAGACGACAAGUUUUUUAUAAAUUUUCUAGCAAGUAUUAUUAAUGGAUAGAUGAAAUUUAUUUAAUUUAUAAAUGAAAAAUAUGGUAUCUCUAUUUGAAAUAUGUUAGCUUUUACAGAGAGAAGUUAUUGUAUAAUUUUU